AUGUCUCUCUGCACUAGAACUCACGGCUUCACGGCUUGGAUCAACAUGCGUCUGAGUCGACGAGGCUUCGAAAUCGACAACGUGCUGAAGGACUUCAACAAGGGCCUUUGUUUGAAGAUUUUACUCGAAGAGUUGACGGGAACGACUCUGAAGCGGUUGGAUUCAUUGGACGGUAUGACUAUUCCUCAGAAGCAAAUGAGAUUUGAUUGGUUUAUCAACGAACUAAAGAAGCAUGGAAUCAUCAAAUCGGACUUCACCGCUGACACACGAACACUUGUAUUGUUAAAGGCAGAUGAGGUGUUUCGGUUACUUUGGGAAAUUGUGAAACGAGAUAUUAUCUACAUUUGGGAAGAAGGAGAAACUUUCCAGCUGGAUGAUAAUGUGAUACUAUCAGAACCAUUUCAGUGGAGUCGAGGACAUUUUGCGUUAGGACCAAGCAGCAGCACAAUGGGCGUUUCCAAGCAAUUGAGCAGUCCCAUACCACGUCACAAAUCGACGAGAAAGAGGUUGCCACGUCCGGAUCCAGAAGAUUGCAUUUUAGAUUUGGUUUAUGAUCAUGUGGGGACUCUAAAAGACUGCAAACGACUGGACAUCGAGACUCUCAAUGAUUUGGCUGACAGCAGAGUUUUGUGUGGAUUGAUGAACUCAUUUAUGCCUAACACUUUUACAUCUGAGGUGAUGCUCAAUGACAGGUGGACUAUCAAUCUUGUUCUGCGAACGGCAGAAGAAAUAUUUCAUGUAAGCAGUUCUGUCACAUCUGCAGACAUCAUGGAGGCUGAUGAAGAGGCAAUGUGUGCAUACUUCUGCAGUCUGUUCAUGUUGGGCUAUAACUUUAGACAAUCAAGAGCUGCUGCUCUAAGACAGAGUGAGGUUCAUUUGCGAGUCAAUUCUGUUCAAAAGGAACUCGAGCAGUUCCCACCAGUUGCCGAGUCAAUGUCAGACUUGAAACGGCAGAAAUUGUUGAAUCGGGAUCUGAUUCAGAUGCAAGAUGAAAUGAAGUGGAUAGAGCUGAAUUAUGACAUUCCAAAAUGUUGCGAAUGGGUACGUCACGGUGAAGCAGCUCAACAAAAAGCACAUGCGAAGGUAGCUGCAAAGAUCCAGCAACGAUUUGACGUGUUAACUGUUUCACGGAAUAUGACCAUAAACGAACUCGUCGACUCUUUAGGCAUCAAUCUGAGCUUGCUGUGUGGUUCUGGAUUCUAUACCGGCUACCUUAAUGAGUCUCUAUGGGUUGGACGGAAGGUAGUACUAAGAGACAUACAGACAGAUGAAUUCUAUGAUGAUUUUACUGGAGGCAGCAACCAAAAGAAAUCGGUGAGAGAAAUGCUCGGAGCUCGUGCAUUUGAAGUCAUUGAAGUAUCACCCACACAAUUGUCAGAGAAAUAUGAGAUAUUUUUUGAAAGUCAAUCAAGAAACAAGAUGUUGAGAGCCGGAUCGCGAUUUUUGUACCAAGUCUUUCCAGGCACAUCACAUCAGUGUCAAAGACUGAUGUUUAAUGCUGCAAAGACAAAUGACUUGGAGACUGUGGAGAAGCUGGUUGUAUUUUUUAAGAACGAUCCUGACUUUGUCAACUCGAAGGAAACGAGUUCAGGCAACACAGCUCUUCACUUGGCAUCAAGAUAUGGUCACAUGGACGUGGCACAGUAUUUGUUGGAAAAUGGCGCUGAUAUUAAUGCACAGAAUUAUUUUUGUAAUACGCCUUUAUUUCUCGGUGUUGAGAGUUUGAACAGAGGAGUUAGUCAGCUGUUGAUUGAAUGGGAAGCGGACAUCAACAUAAAGAACAGAAACAGCAAGAAUGCAUUUGAACUGCUUCGAAACUCCGAACUAAAACAAUUUCUUAAAGACAAACAUGAACAAUACAGAAGGCUUGCAGUGGCCAUACGGAAGGGAAAGCACAGCGCUGUCACUGAAGUGUUGCUUGCGCAUGCAAAGGGUGGAAGCUCACGUGCCAACUUGCGAAGCAGAUGUUUCAAUGGUGACACUCUGUUUCAUGUUGCUGCUUCUACUGGGAACAUCGAAGCCAUUGAAAUCUUUCUUCAGCAAGAAGUUGACUGUAACGUUUUGAAUAGUCGAGGAGCCACACCAUUACACGUAGCAAAGAAUGCUGCAAUUAUUGAGAUGUUGUCACAUAAUGGAGCUAGUAAAGAUGCCACAGACUUCAGUGGCAAUACGGCUUUACAUGUCAAGUGUCUAGGAAAAUCUGGACACGCAACUGAAGUGGAAUGCAUUGAAAAGCUGAUGACAAAGGGUGCUAGUCUUACAUUGAGAAAUGAUGAGGAUCUGAUGCCGAUUCAUUGUUGUGCUGCACAAGGAAGGACUGAUGCUAUCAUGCUGUUGCUAGAUCGAGACAAUCAAGGGAAAAUCAGACGAGCACUGGAUCGAGAAACUGAGAGAAAUCCUUCAAGCUUGUUGUUUCUGGCUUUGUCUAAUGAUUUUUUGCCUUGUGCCGAGUGGCUUUCGCAGAAAGAUUUUAUCUUUAAAGAAAGUGAGUCUGACAAGCUGAUUCAUGGGAUUCUCAAAGGAGAAACAACUUGCUCUACUCUUACUGAAACUAUUCAAUUUCUUGCUCAAAAUGGCGCUUCACUCGAUGCCAAAUAUGAUGGAGGCAACACGCUGCUUCACAUGGCUGUUGAUCACUCCAACCUCAAUGAUGCAGUUGAUGUCCUUAUUGCUAAUGGAGCCGACGUGAAUGCAUUGAAUGAUGACAGUCAGACUCCACUCUUUCUCGCUACAAGUAGAAGCCAACCUUACAUUGCUAGCUUACUCAUAAAUGCAGGUGUGGACAUUAGACACAAAGAUAAACAUGGACUUACUGCAUUCGAGUUCAUAUCAGAUUUUGAAGAGUGGAUUGAGUUGGGUUAUUUUGAUGAUCACAUGAAGGCUCGAUUGAAAGCUUACAGCUUGAAGCAGUCUCGGGACUUGGUCCGGGCAAUUAGCAAGAAAGUAAGAGGCAAUCACAGGCAACCUGCUGUUGUCACCUUGCCUGCUUUAAGUGGUGGAUCUCCUCCUAUGAAUGAUCGAAUUACAUCGUUUGCUGGUGUGGCAUCAUCGCGCUCUAUGAGCUCGUGGGUGAAAAGGAAAGCAAGUCAGCCAAGGUUGUCUCUUCAGUUGCCUGCACUGUCGGCAAGUCCCAGCAGAGGACAGGAAUCGUUACCGAUGCUGUUUCCAGCAGGAGAGAGAGACAAUCGAAACUCUAUUAUUCAGUCGGUCGUUUUCAAAAACAGAACAAGAUAGGCUACGUUAGUAAAGUAUCAAUGUACACGAAUGUCUAACGAGGUCGUAAAAAUCACAGUCAUACAACAGUUUUCAGUGAAGUACACAAA